AAUAUAUAUUGGAAAUAUUUCACUGUAUAUAGACAUUAAUGUGCUCGCUGGUGUGUGUGUUGUUAAUGUUAUAGUACAUGUAUGUAUGCGUGUGUGUGUGUGUGUGUGAUAUCAAACUUCUUUCCUCUCACUCCUGCAGCAGCUAACAGGUACACUGGCCUUAGCCGCUUUUCACAGCAGUUUUGAUGAAGAACACCUACAUCAACACAUCAGGUCAGAAGGGAGGCAUCUCAGGAAUGCCAGGUUGCAUGGAGCACACCCGUGGGGUGACUCAGUUAAUCCGGAUGACCAAAGAGAACAAAGACAGUUUUUGUCAGUUUUAUUGACCCGGCACAGACUAUUGGCCAGCUCACUCUGACAAAACAUUUCAUCCUCUGCAGGUGUAGAGACCUAAUCGGUGAGCCCCUCAUGGUCUCCUUGGGAGAACUUACAUCAAGCUGGCACAAGCUGAUGGUAUCAUCACAGGGUGCACUAUCACUGUGAUUCUGUUUUCUUCAGCCAUGGUCAUGCUCACUAAGUCUGCUGAGCCAGAGUCACUACAGAAUCAGUCACAGGUGCAGCUUGAUUCUAAAGGGCCUCAAUGAGCUGGUCAAGUGGGCCCAGAUAAGUUUAAAACAAACCAAAUCAAGAUCUAUGGUGCUGAGGGAAGGUAAGGUGGAGGACAAGUACCAGUCCAUCGCAGGCUUAGCCAUCCCAACUUUCACAGGGAAACAAGUGAAGAGCCUGGGCAAGGUUUUUAUGACAAUUCCUUGAGACACAUAACAUAUACAGUAUCUAGUCAACCUGCUGAGUUGGAUGGCUGGCUGAAAUAUGUGGACAAAUCUGGCCUACCUGGAAAGUGCAAAUCUGGGUUUAUCCACACAGCAUUCUUCCGAAGGAUCAUGUGGCCCCUCCCUGUCUAUGAUGUCCCAAUCUCACCAAUCAAAACCUUGGAGAAGGGUUCAACAACCAUCACUAGAUAUGGCUUGUGUUAGAUCCAAGAGCCUGAGCAGUAUCACACUCUACGGGUGUAACAACAAGCUGCAACUGCCCCUUGAAUCCUUGGAGGAAGUCAAGAUAACAAGAGCCAGAAAAUUGAUGCAGUCCAGGGAUUCAUGUGAUCCGAAGGUGACUAAUUCUAGAAUCCAAGUGAGGACCGGUAGAAAGUGGAGGACUAAGGAUGCUGUCCAAAAUGGCAGAGGUAAGUCUGCUCACCACAGGACCCUGGUGGGAAUGGUCGCGCAAGGCUGAGCUGGGCUAGGAUCCUUUUCAACUCCCCAAUUGAAGACCAAGGGUGGAAAGAAGCAGCCCCUGUUCAAGAUGAAGUGAGUGCUGCUGUAAAGGAGACAAGAUCUAGCAAGGCGGCAGGGAUGAAACAUCAGACAGCUUGUACCAGAUGGGAGAAUGCGGUCGAGAGGAAAGGACCCUGGACAGAGCUGUGGAAAGCCAAGCCUCAUCGCAUCAAGUUCCUCAUCAUGGUUGUGUACGAUGUGCUUCCAAGCCCAUCAAACCUGCACACAUGCAGCUUAGCAGGGACACCAGCAUGACCCUUGUGUUUCAAGCGAGGAACUUUAAAACACAUCCUCAGUUGCUAUGCAAGGGCACUUGGAGAAGGGUGCUAUCAGCGGAGGCAUGAUCAAGUCCUCAAGUCCAUUGCAGAAGCUGCCGGUGCAGGACUGCUGUGGGCAAAGCAGUACCAACUCUCGAAGUCUAUUGCUUUUGUCAUAGCUGGUUAGCAGGCAACUCCUGCUGGAAGAGCGCCUCAGGGUAUCCUGACCUCUGCAAAAGACCAGCAGCUGCUGGUGGACCUCCAGUGGCAGCUGAUGUCCCCCAGUCAUAUUGCGGUUCCCACCCUGGGACCAGACAUCAUCCUUGUUUCUGAGUCCACCAAACAGGCUGUACUGCUGGAGCUGACCGUUCCGUGGAGAGACCACUUGGGAGAAGCCUUUGAGAGGAAGCUCUCCAAGUGUGUGGGAUUAGUCAGCGAUUGUCAGCAGGCGGGAUGGAAAGUGAGGUGCCUCCCAGUGGAGGUUGGAUGCAGAGGCUUCACAGUCUUUCUUUGGCCAGAGCCUUCAGUAUUUCAGGUAUCGACAGAAAGGUGAGGAGAAGAGCUAUUUGAGGUACCUCCAAAGUGGCAUAGACUGGCUAAAAAGGUCUGUGGCUCAAAAUAGGAGAGUCAUGGUAGGUAAGCCAUCUGGAUACAAGCCGGGGUCCGAUCAGCCCCGGCUAUGUCACAUGGAGGAAGGUGUAUGAUGUGAAAAAUCUGAAGCACCCAAUUAAUCCAGAAACAUUCAUUUCAAUGAUUCGGGAGGUAACAGCAGGUAUUUGUACACAGGCACACAGCACUGGUCUGAACCGGUUAGCUUUCAGCAAUAAAAAGCUGAAACCAGUGUUUCAAAAUGAAAAUAUCCAGUCAGAGUAAACGUGGUUAUCUUAGAGCCUGUCUGCAGAUAUGAACAUGUUGUUUUGCCACAUUUGACUUUUGGAAAUAGUUUGGACCUGUGAGGUAAUGUAAAUGAUUAUUUGUUUUCUCAUUGGUGAGAAGCUGCACAACCAUGCAACAUAUUUCCAUGAGGAUAUGGUUUUUUUACACCUCUACCAGAUGGGUUUAAAAAAAAAAAAAACUUCUGCCACUCCUCUGUUCUUUCUCCGACACAUCGCUAUCUGGGACUCUCUGUUCAAAUGGAAAGUGAUAAUUUAAUGUAAUGAUUCAAAAAUCAUUUUUCCACUUCUUUUCUGAUGAUUAUUUAAUUUUUUUUUUCUGUUGUAUUUCCCAAGAACUCCAUGCAGUAUUUUCUUCCUGUGCAGCCGUAGGUUCGUUACACUGAUCUGAACAGGUUAGCCUUUUAGCAAAUAAAAAGCUGAAACCGCUGUCUUCCCUGGGUGUUCACGUGUGUCUGUUUGUCUUUUUUCUGAAUGGGGCAUUAUUAAUUUUUCUGACUGUGGUCGUACACUGAGGUUUCUCUUUUCAAAGAUGAACCCACUGUCUCAUUUAUUCUGUUUAAUUAGUGUUUUCUUUAUUUUGAAAAAGCAUUUCUAAUGUCCUGUUUUGGGAUUUAAUAUUUUUUUGUAAAAGUGAUGCUGUGAAAGAGAAAUAAAUGAAACUCACAUUAAAGGAGUCUGUGUGUUUGUGUUGUUUUUUGCAAGUGAGCACAUUCGUAUCGGCUUUGACCCUGAGACUUUGUACACCCCUCCUCAAGUCUAUUAGUAUAUCAUUAACUAUGUCCAUGUGUGUGUGUACCCGUGGGUUCAUCAAUGACAAAGUGAACAGAACGUGAUCAGACAUCCAGGUUUCACCAUCGUGACCAACCUCCUGCUUAAUACGACAGAUCUCUCAUGGAGCCGGGGAACCAGCUAACAGGUACACUGGCCUUGGCUGUUUUCACAGCAGCACUGGGAUCCCUGCAGUUUGGAUACAGUCUUGGAGUCAUCAAUGCACCGCAGAAGAUCAUUCAAAAGCACUAUGCCAUCUCCUUGGGUGUGUGGUCAGAGAGGUCCGCUCCGUUGGACAACAGCACAAUGGAAGAUGAUUCCUUGGACGGCAGAAAGGACUCCUCCGUGCUCAUGUACUGGUCAUUAUCAGUCGCAAUCUUCUCCAUUGGUGGGAUGGUGUCCUCCUUCUUUGCAGGAUUUGUUGGAGACCUGAGAGGAAGGGUGAAGGGCAUGUUAAUGAUCAAUGUUCUGGCAGUAGCAGCUGGACUGCUGAUGGGUCUUUGCAAGAUAUGGAAACCUCACCUCAUGGUCAUAAUGGGUCGCGCCGUUAUGGGCUUCUAUUGUGGGAUGUCAUCUGGACUAGUGCCCAUGUACAUUGGAGAAAUUGCACCCAAAGCAUACAGAGGGGCCAUGGGAGCCUUACAUCAGCUGGCUGUUGUCGUUGGUAUUCUAAUCAGCCAGGUAAUCGGCUUGGACUUUAUACUUGGUAAUGAUGCAAUGUGGCCCUUGUUGCUUGGUCUGUCUGGAGCUCCUGCAAUUUUACAGUCCUUUCUGCUGCCUUUAUGCCCCGAGAGCCCACGAUAUCUCUACAUCCUGCACGGCAAGGAGCAAGAGGCUCGUAAAAGUCUGCUCCGUCUGAAGGGAGCAUAUGACCCAACUCCUGAUCUGGAAGAGAUGAAGAGGGAGAAAGAGGAGGCCGAAAAGGAGCCCAAUGUCUCCAUCCGUUCAUUGAUCUGCUCCCCGGUGUACAGACAGCAGCUGUUUGUGGCCCUCAUGAUGCAUCUCUCCCAGCAGCUGUCUGGUAUUAAUGCGAUUUUUUAUUACUCCACAGCUAUCUUCUCUGGAGCUGGUGUCAGUCAACCGGUCUACGCCACUAUAGGAGUCGGGGUCAUAAACACAGUUUUCACUAUGGUGUCUGUUGCGCUGGUAGACAAAGCUGGGAGACGAACUCUGACUCUCAUUGGUCUGGGAGGGAUGUGCUGCUGUGCUGUUGCCAUGACAGUGGGCCUGAAAUACCAGAACGACUUCUGGUGGAUGAGUUACCUCAGCAUGACUGCUAUCUUCCUAUUUGUGAGCUUUUUUGAGAUGGGUCCUGGUCCGAUUCCCUGGUUCAUAGUAGCUGAACUGUUCAGUCAGGGACCUCGACCUGCAGCCAUUGCCAUAGCAGGCUGCUGCAACUGGACCAGUAACUUCCUCGUAGGCAUGACCUUCCCAUUCAUAGAGGCUUUGUUAGGUCCUUACGUGUUCCUCCUGUUUGCCGCGUUGCUUUUUGGCUUCACUGUGUUUAUUUAUCUUCGGGUGCCUGAGACCAAGGGCAGAACUUUUGAGGAGAUCGCUGCUGUCUUUCACAAAGGACGACGGAUCCCCAAGGACAAUAACGAACUGCAACAGCUCAAAACAUCCUCAGAUGCUUGACAUGGAAAACGUUUCAUAUUAUAUACAUUAAAUGCAAAGCUUGCAUUUCGGAAGAAGCAAACUCAUUUGACCAGCCCUGUCAGUUAUAUGUGGAGGAAUGUUUACAUGAAAUGAACUUGUAUUACAGUAUUACGAGUUGACCGUUAGAGUGGCUUUGAUUAAAAUGGUACAAUACAACAACUUUCAUAUGUGUGUCAUAGAGGUUACAUGCAAUGUUGAAUCCCUGCAGUUCACCUACAGAUCUUUAUAGAAUCUUUUAUUGUUGCAAUCUGGAUACUUUAGUGUCCUGGAUUUACAGCCACUCCCUUAGAGUGGGAAUUGGAAAACUGAAUACCAGAUUUAAGACUCUUCCCAUCUUUAUUUCCACCAACUUCCCAUCAGUCUGCUUUCCCUGUAGUACAAAGCUUUAAACCCAAAUAAUAAAUAAUAAAAAGCUGCAGAAGAAGAGGGUGUGAUGGAGGUGUGGCUGACUCUAGCAUCUUAAACCAGCUGUUUGAACAAUGCGGUAAAAAGACACAUUCCAACUGUAUUUUUGGGAUCUUUUGGCCGAAUAUUGGUCAAAUUGUACCAACAUCCUUAGAAAUAAUAGCUCUCCUUUAAAUGUAACACCUUGCCUGAUAAUUGAGUUUCAAAACCACUGAAAUCAUGCUUAGCUUAACAGUUAUAAAUUAUGAUACUAAAAGUAACUUUGUGAUGCUUUUCACUUCACUGUGCUGAAUGAUGUAUAAAUGUGUUUAGUAUACGUGUCCUGUCUUCAAAUUAUAUAAGCUAAAUUGGAAUGUGCCUUGAAACUUGUAUUGACUGACUUGACAAGCACUAUUCAGCUAAACUGUAGAAACAAAUAGUUAACAUAAGGAAGUUGGUUUAAUUUAGAUACUUUCAGGAGUUGUGCUCCAUGUUAUGUAACAUUUUAUUUCCAUUACCAGAUAGAAUAUCACAUGCAGGGUUUGUACCCACUUUUAAAAGCAAGCUAAAGACCCAGCUCUUUAAGGAGCACUUCGGCAUCUAGUAAGAUGCAUGCAUUUACGUCAAGAUGGUGUCUUCUUACACGUAGCUUUCUUAUUUAUAAAAAAAACAACCAAAAAAAGCAUAUAUAUUCUAGCACUGGCAUGGCAGCACCUGUGUCCAACUGGACUCUCAGCAGUCGGACCAGCACUUAUCCAGCUGGAGCCUCCUAUGUGAUUUUUGUGCUUGUGUUGUUCUCUCAUAUGUAAGUCGCUUUGGAUAAAAGCGUCUGCUAAAUGACAGUAGUAGUAUGUAAAUAUCUCCUUUGUGUGUUUUGAUGUAAAAGUUGAAAUUAAAAUAAAAACAAAAAUGGAACUUUA